UGUGGCGGAGGGGGAUGACGAGGACUAUGUCUUUGUCUCCCCUGAGGAGCUACAGAUUAGAGAGGAGGGCGACAUCGUCGGGCUGCAGUGCUGGAUUGGCUACACCGAGUCCCUGCUUGCACUUGUACGGUACAUGCAGCUACCGUACGACAAGUGCAAGGAAAAGGAGUGUAGGGCAGAGGUGGACAAGGAGCCAGAGACAAAGCCAGUUGGGAGUGGUAUCAUCCUGAAAUGGAACUGUGUAAAAGGCCACCUGCAAUGGAAGUGGUCCUCGCAGCCAAGAUUCAAGUACAAACUACAGGGGGGGGGAUUUUAUGCUGGCCUCUAGCAUCCUGUUGUCGGGCAACAAUUAUAGUAAGGUGAACCUCAUGUUCAAAUUCAUGAACAUGGGGUGUGUUGGCCCGACAACAUUCAACUCCAUACAGGGACAGUACUGCGUGCCUGCCAUCAAGCAGUACUGGAAGGAUGAGAAUGCAAGAGGCCUUCAAGAGUUGAAGAACAAAGAAAACGUUAUUCUACUAGGAGAUGGGCGCAUGGAUUCACCUGGGCACUGUGCCCAGUACUGCACCUACACGACGAUGGACCACGACACAAAGGGCAUCGUGUCUGUCAUUGUCGUGGACAAACGGGAGACUGAUAGGAAAUCAGCACGAACGGAGAAGGCAGCCUUCCAGAGAAUGAUGACAUCGAUGGAGGCAGCACGUGUCCCUGUGACCGAGGUGUGCACUGAUGCACAUCCUCAAAUCAGUGCUUUGAUGCGCCCAGACACAGGAGAGUACGGCAGGAAGGGCAUCUUUCACUCCCUUGAUGUGUGGCAUGGUGCAAAGAACCUGCUGAAGAAGAUAGUGGCGGCUGGACAGGAGAGGGGUUGCACAGAACUGAAGAAGUGGGCGAGCCACAUCAUCAACCACUUCUGGCGUUCAUGUCAGAAGUCGGGAGGCAGCUUCGAGGUGUUCUUGACAAUGUGGACUGGUAUUCUGCACCACGUGUGCAACAAUCACACAUGGGCCCUGGGACAGUGCCUUCACCCCCCUCUGGAUUACACAGAGGUGAGGACAACAACCUGGCUGGUUCCUGGCUCUGCGCCCCACAACAGACUGAGGGAAAUCCUGCUGGACAAGAAGUGGCUGAAGACAGCCCACAAGUUCUUGCGGUUCAGAGUAACAUCAGAGCUUGAGAGCUUUCAGAAUCAUAUUCUCAUGUACGCCUCCAAGCGGUUCCCCUUCAGUCCUGAGGUCUACAAUGCAAGAUGUCUUCUUGCAGCCAUCGACUACAACAGGCACAAGGACAGGCCGGUGGCAAAGCGGAAGAGUGACGGGGAAGUGAGAACCCAUAGGUCGUUCCAGAAGAAGAGCGACCGGUGGACCUACUGCAAAGUAAAAGAGCCGAAGGAGUACAACUACAUCGGAGAGCUCCAAGGGAACAUCGUAAGGAGGAGGAUCGACUCCGGCAGGGGUAUGAAGCGGAAGCAGCCCAUGUCCGAGACUGACCCAAGGAGGCUGGGUCCCCUCCCAAACCAGCCAGCACCACCAACCGCUUUACUGGUCCAGCAGCACCAGUCUAGGUUGGCACUAGAGUAUUAGUAGAAUCAAUAUUUAGUUUUAGGAAUACACUGUCAGUUAACUUCUCAGUUAACAUGUCAGAAAUCCCUUUUUGUAAAAUGUUCUAAGUAAAACCAAUGUUCAUAGAUAGAGUAAAGAGACAACACAUUGUGAGUCCAUCUGUGGUUUUCCAUUGCUUACAAUUUUCAAGUCAUACCCUGUCAGGGAACCAAUGUUCAAGAAAGUGAGUAUUAUAUUCAUGUGUAUAUUCCGCUCACUGUGUAAGAAUGCUUCCAUGUGUAAGAAUCCUGUGUUUCCAUGUGUAAGAAUUCUGUGUUUGCACUAAGGUCAUAAGUUAUUUGUAAGCUUAGAGUAAGGAGACAACACACUGUGAGUUUAUCUGCAGUAUUCCAUUGCUUACAUUUUUAUUUACACACCAGGAAGAAAACCUGUAUACUGGCCAUGGGGGUCAGGGAACUGCCGCCUGAUCCUCCACACACAGCAGUUGGGGAUGACCUGGCGGUUCCGUGCCCCCAGGCGCCCAUGCUGCCAGAGGAUGUACUGCCGAUACGCGGCGUGCCUGUACUCUUUGUUGUCCUGGCCAGGCUCCUGUUGGUCCUGCAAUCCAAAUACAUCAUUUCUGUACUGCCUGGCCAGCCUCAGGAUGCUUGGAUUCAGUAUGUUAAGGUCCAUGUCCUGCAAAAAGGGGGAAAGUCUUGAUUAAAUUGAUAUUUGCAUAUGAUCCAAAUGACGUGGCAUUUCAUUUUUAUAACAAUAUGCCUUGUUUUCAGAUAUCUUGACUUUAGCAUGUUUAUUA